AUGAGUCUAUUAGAAAAAUUGGCCGAGGACCCUCAGAGCGCGCUUAUUUCUGGGCUCGACGAGACAAAACUGCUAACCGAAGCAAAGCAACUUAUAGAUCCAAUUGCCAAACAGCAUUCUGUGCUAGACGAGAUAUAUGUCGAUGGGCUCACGCCGUCCCAAGUUUGGGGCCAGGUUAAGCUUGUUGUUGAGGGAGUGAAUGAGCGUGUUUGGAGCGACGAGUGGGAGGAUGUUGAAGAUGAGGACGAAGAGGAAAGGGAAGAGGAAGAAGAGGAGGAGGAGCGCCCUGUGAAUAUAGAAGGACAAGAAAUAGCAUCCGAGAACGAGAACGAAUCUGAUGACAGCCAGUCUGAGAGCGACCAGUCCGAGGUGUACGAAAGUGCCCAAGAAGGCGAAGGCCUUGGCUCUGAUGAAGAAUUUUUCGGGAACGUUUCUGAGAACGGCGAAAACGAAUCUGAUACCUCUGUCGAUGUGGCUCCGUCCAAGGAUGCGUUUGGGCUGAACGACCAGUUUUUCUCAAUCGACGAUUUCAACAAGCAGGUGAUGGCUAUGGAGGAAGAGCAGAGCGAGGUCGAUUUGGACGCUGAAGAGUCGUCUGACGAGGAAAUAUAUCACUAUGAUGAUUUCUUCAAACCGCAGGUGGAUCAAAAGGAGCAGAAGGAGCAGAAGACGGCCAAGCCGAAACAGAAAGCAGUUUCUUUUGAUCUACAAGAGGAAGACUAUGACGCCGCAUUUGACUCUGUGAUGGCCGAUUUCAACAACACAAACGAGCAACUGAGCACCUUUGAAAAGCAGCAGCUCAAGUUGCAACGCGAGAUACAGGAGCUGGAGGCCGAAGCUAUCAAGGAAAAGCAGUGGCAGAUGAAGGGAGAGGUGCAGGCCAAGCAGAGAGACGCAGACGCACUUUUGGACGAAGAGCUCGACUUCGACAGGGCCGCCAAGCCGGUGCCUGUUAUUACGCAGGAAACGACCGAAACAAUCGAGGAAAUCAUCAAACGCCGCAUUAGGGACGAGAAAUUCGACGAACUCCCCAAACGGGUUGUUUCUGAGCUUGCCGACUUCCGUCCGUCGAAGAAAGUCGAAGUGAGCGAAGAAAAGUCGAGCAAGUCUCUGGCAGAGCUGUACGAGGAGGAAUACUUGGGCAAGCAGGACGAUGCUGCGAGCGCUGAGCUGAAACAAGCACACAACGAGAUUAGCGUGCUUUUCGACAAGCUGAACCACCAACUGGACUCGCUUUGCUCUGCGCACUUUAUUCCAAAGCCUAAGGAAAGACAGCUGGAAGUCAAGGUGCAGACGUCGACGAUCUCCAUGGAGGACGCCCAGCCGCUGACGAUGUCGGACGCACAAACACUGGCUCCUCAGGAGGUGUACAAGCCGGUGUCGAAGGUCGGAAAGGACGAGGUGCUGCUGAAGUCUGGAGUGGUGAUGUCAAAGGCGGAGCUCUCGAGGGAGGAGAAGCAGCGGCUGAGAAGAGCCAAGAAGCGGAAACAGCACAACGAGCGCAGAGAGGACAGCAAGAAGAAGCGUGUGGGGAAGGCCCAGCAGGUGUAA